UGCGGCGCGUGCGCGCGGCUCCGGGAACCAGCGAGGGCCUCAAUCGCGCUUUCCUAGAGCAGCCCGGAAGUGUCUCUGGGCGCUUCCCGAGCUCCGGCCAACUCUCUCCUGCUGCCAGCGUCCUCCAGGUGCUGCGAGCUCUGAAGGACUGGCAGCUGUGCUUAGGACCGUAUCUUCGGGCUGAUCAAACCAGGGGGAGCAAGGAUGUCUGCCUUGGGGGCUGCAGCUCCGUACUUGAACCAUCCAGCUGACAGUCAUAGUGGCCGGGUCAGUUUCCUGGGGGCCCAGCCGUCUCCAGAAGUAGCGGCAGUGGCUCAGCUCAUGAAAGACUUGGACAGGAGCACCUUCAGAAAGUUGCUGAAGCUUGUGGUCGGGGCCCUGCAUGGGAAAGACUGCAGAGAGGCAGUGCAGCACCUUGGUGCCAGCGUCAACCUCUCAGAGGAGCGUCUGGCCGUCCUGCUGGCGGGCAUACACACACUGCUCCAGCAGGCUCUCCGGCUGCCCCCCACCAGUCUGAAGCCAGAUGCCUUCCAGGACGAGCUCCAGGAACUUGGCAUCCCCCAAGAUCUGAUUGGAGACUUGGCCAGUUUGGCAUUUGGGAGCCAACGCCCUCUUCUUGACUCUGUGGCCCAACGGAAGGGAUCCGGGCUGCCUCACAUGUCUUACUUCCGGUGGCGGGUGGACGUGGCCAUUUCGACCAGUGCUCAGGCCCGCUCCCUACAACCGAGUGUUCUCAUGCAGCUGAAGCUCACAGAUGGGUCCGCGCACCGCUUCGAGGUACCAGUAGCCAAAUUCCAGGAGCUGCGGUACAGUGUAGCCUUGGUCCUUAAGGAGAUGGCCGAACUGGAGAAGAAGUGUGAGCGCAAACUGCAAGACUGAACCCUGUUAUUGUGGGUGCUGCAACUGGUACCAGAGCACAGCCCUGCUGGUCAUGAGGCCAACUCAAUUGAGGGCUUGCAUGUAAGAAUGUGUUUUGUUUCAGUGAAAAGACGGCAGUGUGACUCUCGGGUUUUGUUUUGUUUUAUGAGUAAGCAGCUGUGGGUAGUGGCACAGCUUAUAAUCUGAGCACUUGGAAGGCUGAGGCAGGAGAAUGGUAAGUGUAAGGCCAGCCUGGGUUACAUAAUGAGACUCAGUUUUGAAUUAAGAGGUAAAGCAACUAUUAAAAACAUGUUCUUCUGCUCAGGUGUGAAACCUCACGCUUACCCCUCUCCCAGCUGUUGGUAUGUGCUCUUGCAUGGGGACAUCUGGGGAUCUAGGGUCCACAACCUAGAGAGAGUAUACAGCAAGGUUGCUCAGCCUGACCUAAGCUUUUCUUUCAUAAGUCCUGUGCCUUGGUGUGGACAUGUUUAUUCUUUUGGCCCAAAUUUCCUUCUAUCAUGAAUGGGACAUCCUGGGGGGAGGCAACAGAGAGAGACAUUACAAAUACUAAAUACCUAUUAAAUGAUGUUUAGUAUCUAU